AGACAACGCCCCCACGAGAUGUCGAACCAUGGUAACUCGAUAAAACUCAUCACUGGUAACAGUCACACAAAACUCGCGGAGGAUGUUGCGGAAAGGCUCGGGGUUCAGCUCGUCCCGACCACCGUCAAGAAGUUCUCCAAUGGCGAGACAAAUGUGAAGAUCGGAUCUUCGGUGCGAGACGAGGACGUCUUCAUCAUCCAGUCAAGCUCUCCGAAUGUCAACGACCACUUUAUGGAACUCCUCAUCCUCAUACACGCCUGCAAGAUCGCAUCGGCAAGCCGCAUCACCGCUGUGAUCCCUUGCUUCCCCUAUCAGCGACAAGACAAGAAAGACAAGAGUCGUCUCCCCAUCACUGCGAAGCUCGUCGCCAACAUGUUAACUGUCGCAGGUGCAGAUCACAUUAUCACGAUGGAUUUGCACGCCAGCCAGAUCCAGGGAUUUUUCGACAUCCCCGUGGACAACCUCUAUACGGAACCGAUUUUCCUCCGAUACAUAAAACACCAAAUAGAGGGCUGGCAACACGCAAUUGUUGUGUCUCCCGAUCCAGGCGGAGCAAAGAGGGCGGCACAGGUUGCGGACAAGCUGCAGCUCGAGAUCGCCAUGAUCAACCGGAAACGGGACAAUGCAGGGCUCAUUCAACCAGAGAAAAUGGAGAUUCUGGUAGGAGACGUACGGGGAAAGGUCGCUAUUCUUGUGGAUGAUAUGAUCGACUCAGGGCACACUCUUACCUUGGCUACCCAUGAACUCGUAGAAAACGGUGCCAAGGCAGUUUAUGCCCUUGUAUUCCAUGCACUGCUUGCCGACGCUAACCUGCAUGAGCUCGGGCAGCUGCCGCUUGAGCGCCUAGUCGUUACCAACACAGUGGAUCAGGCAAACCACAAGUUACCAAACGGCAAGUUGGUUGUUCUGGACGUUGCCGCUACCGUUGCAGAGUCGAUUAGGAGAUUGCACAACGGGGAGAGCAUUAGUCUGUUAUUUGGGGAGCAUGACUUUAUGAUCUAGAUCGCGAGCGAUAUGUGGAUAUGGAAAUUUGGAUUGUG